CCAAUUGGUCCCGCGGUUACUGCGCAGGCGCGGUCCGGCAGCCCGUCGUCAGGGAGACGGUUUGUUGUUGUUAGUUUCUGACCCGCGAGCAUCCUGAAAACACCUGAACACACCACGAGACCGACAGCGCGAGGAGUCAGAGCUACUUCAGAUGAUGGCAAGGUCAGAGCGUGAUGUCAUCGAUUUCUCUGCGCUGGAGAGAGAGCUGCAGGGGGCGAUCGAGUCCGAGCAGAAGUACAAGAGAGAGAACGAGGCCAAGCUGAGAGCCAUCAGCCAGAGAGGCUGCUCCUACACGGAGUUCAGGGACCUGGUCCUGUCCUGCCACCUGAAGCCUCUGGAGAAGAAGGACAAAGACGGAUCUCCACGGAGACAGCCCUGGAACCCUGUCGCCCCGAGCAACCGCUGACCUGUGGUCGCCCCGAGCAACACCUUCACUGUUUUUAAUACUUUUACUGUGAAAACCACGUAUCUCCACUAAACCACAUGUCUGAGAUCAGCCAGAAGGUGUUUGGAGAUACGUGGUUUUCAGUCUGCAGCGCAUGACCUCGUUUAAUAAAAACUGUGAUGACAUCA